AUCAUCCUGAAAGAUAUAAGAUAUUUUUGUUAUGAAAAGAGGGACCAAACUCCAAAGCCAUGAAAGAAAGAUAAGAGAGUAAGAGAAAGCAACAGCAGUGGCAUACCCAUGUGAUAGAUCCGCGCCACUGUCCCCACUCUACGCACAAUACUACUUCGUCAUUUCAUCGAACACUUCCCGUGCUCUCUUCCUUCUUCUUCUUCAUCGGUAACCCAUGGAUGCCUCUCCGACCACCACCGCUCUACUUCUCCUCCUUCUCACGCUCUCACUCGCAUCUUCCAUUUUCUCCCUCACCUCGCCGGCGGACGUCUCCGCCUUGAAAGCCUUCAAGCUCGCCGUGGAACCUUCUUCAAUCCCGGCGGGCUCCUGCUUGAGCAGCUGGGACUUUGAUCGCGACCCCUGCGACUCUGCCUUCACCGAUCGCUUCACAUGUGGCUUUCGCUGUGACGGCCGUGACCCCGCAUCUGGCCUUGCCCGUGUCACUGAGCUCGCUCUCGACCCUGCCGGCUACUCCGGCCACCUCCCCUUUUCCUUCUGGUCCUCCUUCCCCUCCUUGGAAUCCCUCGAUCUCUCCGACAACCGCUUCUCUGGCCCCAUCCCACCUCCUCCUCCCUACGGUCUCCCGUCCACUCUCCGCCGCAUUGCCCUCUCUCGCAACUCCUUCUCCGGUGAGAUCCCAUCCCUCACUCCUUCUUCUUCCUUGGAAGAGCUUUAUCUCGACAGUAACUUCUUGACUGGCUCCAUCCCGCACGGCAUUGCGCGGCUGAAAAGGCUGGAACUACAGAGAAACAACCUCUCGGGAGAGAUCCCAGAUCUGAGAUCCCUUUCGUCGCUCUACUUCCUGGAUGCCAGUGAUAACCAGCUCGGCGGUCGAUUCCCCGAUGUUUUGCCCCAAUCUCUCGUUGAGUUCUCGUUGCGGAAUAACAAAUUGGAGGGUUGGAUACCGAGCAGCGCCAUCUCGGCGUUGCCGUGGCUCCAGGUGCUCGAUCUCAGCAACAACGCCCUCUCCGGCACCGUUCCCGCCGCUGUAUUCCAGCACCCUUCGCUAGAACAGCUCGUGCUCGCGAACAACGAGUUCGAGAGCUUCGAGGUCCCAUCGGACGGAGGGGUCGGGAGCCGAUUGAUAGCCUUAGAUCUAGGGCACAAUCAACUGGGAGGGAUGCUGCCGGCGUUCAUCGGGAUGAUGCCGAGGCUGAGGGCGGUGACGCUGGAGAAGAACCGGUUCACGGGGAUGAUUCCGGCGGGGUACGCGGUGAGGGCGGCAGGGAUGGGAGGAGCUGGAGUGGAGCCGUUCGCGAGGUUGAUGCUGGCCGGGAACUACUUGUGUGGGCCGGUGCCCAGCUUGAUGCUCGGCGGCGGAGGGGUUCCGGCGGCGGUGAGCUUGGGCGACAACUGUUUGUUCAGGUGUCCCAUGGAGUUCGACUUCUGCCGCGGUGCCCAGCAAAAGCCUCCGGCCACUUGCCGAGAUUUCAAUCCUCUUAUUCCUUAAUAUGUUUUUUUAAAAAAAAAGAAAAGAAAAAUAAAAUUAUGUAAAUUUUCCCUUUUUUAAAUUAUUAAAAAUCAAAAAGCUUUUGAUUUUUAUUUUAGAAUUUUUUUUAUUAAGUGUUUACAUUUUUCGGAAUUAUAAUUGGGCAGAGGAUUGAUUUUAAUGUGAAAA